AUGUCCGACUCCAACAGCAAAAAGGUCUUUUUGAUCGGUCCCGGCUACAUUGGCCUCGAAGUCAUGGACCGACUGCUAGAAACUGGGUAUAGCGUCACGACUCUAAUCCGCCGACAAGAAGCAGCCGAUGAACUAAAACACAAACAAAACGUCGAGGUGGUGAUGGGUACAAUCGAUGACUUGGAUCUCAUUACCCAACAAACCGCACUUCAUGAUAUCGUGAUCCACACCGCUACAGCCGACCACCUGCCCUCUGUGCAAGCCGUCAUAAAAGGGAUCGAGCAAAGAGCCGCUAAAGACAAACACACCUUCUACAUCCACACAAGCGGAUGUUCCUUCCUCAGCGACGAUUCUCACGGCGAAUACGGAAGCGACAAGAUCUACACAGACACCAACCCAGCAGAUCUAGACGCUCGACCAGACUCCUCUUCACAUCGAGAAAUCGAUCUCGCCAUCCUCGCCGCCCGCAACAAACUAGGCACAAAAGCAAAACUGUUCAUCGUGUUACCGCCAUUGAUUUACGGUGCUUCCAGUCAUGAAAAACUGUCCAUUCAAGUCAUCACCAUGGCUCGCUUUGCCCUCAAACACAAGUACGCCGGCUACGUAGGAGGAGGCAAAGGAAUCUGGGGUCUGAUACACGUCAAAGAUCUCUCCCACGGCUACGCCACAAUCCUUCAAUGGCUAGAAAACUCUCCAGAAACCGUAAGUCUGGAAAACCCGUACUUCUUCUGCGAAAACGGUACAGAAGCCACUUGGGCCGAAUGCGCAAACUUCAUCGGUAAAGAGUUGAAAGCAGUUGGAAAGAUUGAAGAUGCUUCGCCACGAGAGAUACCAGAGCAACAGUAUGGUGAUUUGUUUGGCAAGUACUCGGAUGUGGUUAUUGCGAGUAAUGCGAGAAACAGGGCCGAGAGAUUGAGGCAGUUGGGUUGGCGGCCUAGGCAUACGGAUAUCCGUCAAGCGUUUAGGUACGAGGAGUUGCCAAUUUUGCUCAAGGAGACUGGCGAGUUUAAUGGGUAUGCGAAGGAAGCGGCGUCGGGUUCUGGCUGA